AUGGUUAAACUUUUAAAAAUCCUAUUUGAAACUAAACAGCAAGGCUCGUUUGAGUCAAACUGCAGUCAGAAUUCUUCAAAUUUGUCCCUGGAGGAAGAGCAGGAGUCGAUCAGGAAGAAUGCUGAAAAGCUUGCACAGACAAUGCUGGAAAAAGCUCGAACAAAGCCAGUUGCCUUUGCUGUGAAGACGAACGUAAGUUACAAUGGUAGCCACGACGACGAUCCCCCACUACCCAAUUCAGUUGUCUCCUUUGUUGCUAAAGACUUCCUACACAUCAAAGACAAAUUUAACAACAACUGGUGGGUCGGUCGAUUAGUGAAAGAGGGAUGUGACUUGGGCUUCAUCCCAAGCCCGGCUCGACUUGAAAUGCUUAGGCAGUUGUCACAACAGCAGCAUUCUAAAUCUAACAAGGCGUCUGCUAAAUCUGGCUCAUCCUCUAACAUAGACAACAUUUUAUAUUCAAGGUCAUCAAACAGCUGUGGUUCCACACCACCAACGCCUGGUACUGUUAUGAAUACAUAUGUAUUUUUUAAAUUUCUAGGAGGCAAUGAUGGUAAUGAGGAUGCGGAGAGUGCAGGCAACAACGUCAAACCUGGUGUCACUUUUGGAAUUUCGGGAAAGGAAAGGAAAAAACCAUUCUUCAAGAAGCUGGAAAGCGUGCCUCCCUAUGAAGUGGUGCCUUCGAUGCGGCCGGUUGUUCUGAUUGGUCCGUCGUUGAAAGGUUACGAGGUCACCGACAUGAUGCAGAAGGCCUUGUUCGAUUUCCUCAAGAGGAAAUUUGAAGGAAGGAUAACGAUAACUCGAGUGACAGCUGACAUUUCCUUAGCCAAACGAACAUUGCUCAACAACCCCACCAAACGAGCCAUCAUGGAAAGAUCAAACAGUCGGUCUUCAUGCAUCGUUGAAGUUCAGGCAGAAAUUGAAAGAAUAUUCGAGUUGGCUCGCUGUCUGCAUCUUGUAGUGCUAGACUGCGACACCAUCAACCACCCGUCACAACUCUCCAAGACAUCACUAGCCCCCAUUCUUGUCUAUUUAAAGAUUGCCUCUCCGAAGGUUCUGCAAAAACUAAUAAAAAGUCGCGGCAAGUCCCAAAGUCGGAACAUGAAUGUUCAGCUGGUGGCCGCCGACAAACUCAACCAAUGCAAUCCCGAAGUUUUUGAUGUAAUCCUUGAUGAGAACCAAUUAGAUGAGGCCUGCGAACAUCUGGCUGAAUAUCUCGAAGCUUACUGGCGGGCUACUCACCCU